AUGGCCAAAGAAGCCCAGAAGAGGAAAGAACAGGAGUCAGGCAUGGCUCUUUCUCAGGCACAAUUGACCUUCAAGGAUGUGUUCCUAGAUUUCGCUCCCGAGGAGUGGGACUGUAUGAACCCUGCCCAGAGGACCUUGUACAAGGACGUGAUGGUGGAGACCCUCAGGAACCUGCUGUCUGUGGAUGCCUGCUUUUUGGUCCGUGUAGAACAGCACUGGCACCUCCAGAGAUUAUUUCGGCCCCAGCCUGGUUCUCUUCCUGUUUGCUGCACUUGGGAGACCUCACUGGAAGAAGGGGAAGACUGGAAGCUCUUCGAUUGCAUUUGGUGUCUCAGAUCCUACACAGAGCUGCCUUCAACCUGUCUUCCUGUUCAGAGCCCUCAGCUGUUCUUGUUGUUAUUACUUUUGCCACAUCCUUCAGGGGUGUGUGUAACAGGAAUGUGGUUUGGAUCUUCUGUGAUUGUAACUCAGGAAACCUGUAAGGACAGUGGAUAUUGA